AAUGUCGCUUCAUCUGCAAGUUCCUGUCUCUGGGCGUCACUGCAUCCAUCUUCAUCUCGGUGGGCAGCAUCGUCAUCGUGGUGUCCUGCGUGGUCGCUGUCGUCUGCUGCUGUAGGCGGUUCUUCUGCCGGAAGUCGCAGGAGCACUCGAACAACACUUCCGGCGGAAGUGUCAUCACCACAGCUACCACGGUUGUCGCUAACGGCACCAGUCAUGCCGCGGGCGGCACUGUUGGUAGCAGCAGUUAUUCCGGCUCGCGGGCCCCGAGUGCAUUCAGCAACCACGCUUACUCACACCAAGGCUACUACCCAAUGCAGCCAGUGUACCCAACGCCUCAUGGGUCUGUUUAUUCCUACGCCAAGGAUCCGUAUGCUCCCCCCGGGAGUGCUUACUCAUCACAACAGUCCCAGCACCGGUCCUACACGCCCACAAGCAGCAAAUCAGGAAAGUCCAAUAGAUCCAACAACAGCACUAGCGUGACUUACAGUCAGGGGACUGAGAAAGUUUCCUUGCCCAUAAACCUCUAGCGUUUGCUUCGGGCUUGGAGGAUGAAAUGGAACAUUUGAAUUAACUUUGACAACAGACUUAAAUGUCAUUUUGAUCUCCUGGCAGAAUGAAAAGCACUUUCAUUACAUGUAUUUCAUGGCUGUUUAUAGAAAAAUAAAUGUAUGGUUUUCUUGUGGAUAUGGAAUUAACGUUUGGAGAAAGAAUUAUUAUGCUUGGAAAAAAAAACA